AUGUUUGACCAAAGAAUUCUUCAAAAUGCUAGCAGCGCUUGCUAUUAUUUAAAGGAUGGGCCUUAUGAUAAUGAUAAUACGCCUGUGACUAACGAAUUUUGUAAAAUAAUCAAUACUUUACAACUUCGUGUGAAUGCGUGCAGAAAUUCUUUUGAGGCAGGCGAACAACGUUACUAUAAAAAUUUCCAUAGAUUUUAUCAAUUUAUACGACAUCAUUAUUAUAAUAAACGUAGCAUGUUUCACUUUGAUUGUGAUGAAACUAGGAUUAAAAAUAAAAUUUACAAAAUUUUAAAUCCUGAUGUGAUAGAAGGAAAUUGGGGAAUAAACGAACGUUCUCAAAGUUUAAAUGAUCAUAUUGCGGUAUAUUAUUUGUUGAAUAAUAUUUUGACUUCAAUUCAUAAAUUAUCACGCAUAAAAUUAAAGGGAUCCUAUAAUUUUACAUAA